CAGGAGGAGUGGACUUUGCUGGAUCCAACUCAGAGAAACCUGUACAGAGAUGUGAUGCUGGAGAACCACAAGAAUCUGGUUGCAGUAGGUCGGCUUGCUCAGCACCCUGUCUGGUGACGAGGGAGACACACAAGAGGAAGAAUGGCUGCAGGAUUGCUGACCACCUGGUCACAGGAUUCAGUGACCUUUGAGGAAGUGGCGGUGGAUUUCUCCCAGGAGGAGUGGGCACUUCUGGACCCUACUCAGAAAAUCCUAUACAGAGACGUGAUGCUGGAGAACUACAGGAACCUGGCCUCUGUGGGGUACCCUCUCUGCAAGCACAGUCUGAUCACUGAGGUGGGGCAGGAAGCACUGAGCACAGAGGAGAGAGGAAUGCUCCAAGGUACCUGUAUAGGCUUGGAUAUUCAACUGAAAUCAAAAGAUGCAUUUCCUGUACAGAAUGUUCCUAGAGAAAAAACUUGCAAUGACAUAAAGACGCAGGUACCAACUCAACCCAGCAAGAAACCCUUGGAAUUUGAUCGUUGUGGAAAAUUCUUCAGAAAGAACUCUCACUUGAUGUGUACAAGACAUUGCAAGGGAGAGAAAUGCCACAAAUAUAAGGAUAAUGGGAAAGACCUUGGCCACCCCUCAGUUCCUAGGAGUCAUGUAAGUACUCACAGUGGAGAGAAGACCUUUAAGGAUUGUGGCAAAGCUUUCAAUCAAGAGUCCUCCCUUAGGAAACACUUAAGGACUGUCACAGGAGAGAAACCUCACGAGUGUAACCAGUGUCUUUUGUCCCUCAGCAUACACUCUUCCUUUCCAGUAUAUGACCAGAUACCUACUGGAAAGAAGCUCUGUGAAUGCAGUGAUUAUAGAGAAAGAGCUUUGCUUAGCACCCACCAAAAACUGUGUACUGUGGAGGAAAGCUCAAAACAUAAUGAGCGUGGGAAAGUGUUCGCUGGCCCCUUGUCCCUUCAGAAAUGUGUGAGACCUCACACUGGAGAGAAGCCUUAUGAAUGCAGUGACUGUGGGAAAGCCUUCAUUUUUCAGUCUUCCCUUAAAAAACAUGUGAGAUCUCACACUGGAGAGAAACCUUAUGAGUGUAAUCACUGCGGAAAGUCCUUCAGCCAGAGCUCCCAUCUUAAUGUGCACAGAAGGACUCACACUGGAGAGAAACCCUAUGACUGUAAGGAAUGUGGCAAGGCUUUCACUGUUCCUUCAUCCCUUCAGAAGCACAUGAGAACCCACACCGGAGAGAAACCCUACGAAUGCAGUGACUGUGGGAAGGCCUUCAUUGAUCAGUCAUCCCUUAAGAAACAUACACGAUCUCACACUGGAGAGAAACCUUACGAGUGUAGUCAGUGUGGAAAAUCCUUCAGCACGGGCUCUUACCUCAUUGUGCACAAGAGAACUCACACUGGAGAGAAAACCUAUGAGUGUAAAGAAUGUGGGAAGGCCUUUAGGAAUUCCUCUUGCCUGAGGGUGCAUGUGAGAACUCAUACAGGAGAGAAGCCCUAUAAAUGUACUCAGUGUGGAAAAGCAUUCAGCACCAGCACUAACCUUAUAAUGCACAAGCGAAUACACACUGGGCCGAAAGUAUGAAUGAAAUAACUACAGGAAAGCCUUUACUGAUCCUUGACACUUCAUUCCUCAUUGUAGAAGUCACACUGGAGAGCAGCCCUGUUGUGACCAAUGUAGAAAGCCUCCAGGCACAAUUCCUGACUUCCUGGGACCAAUCUUACAAAUGUUCUGGGUCUGUGAUUGUCUUUAUCAGCAAGUGUUUCAUCUUGAAAGAGCGACACCAUGUUAAGUAUUAAAGGUUAUAGGGUGCUCUAUAGUCCCCUUAAUCUACGUCACAGAAGUGUUGAUAAAUGUUUUCACCGUAAUUUACUACUAAAUGUUUUCCAGUCCUCAUCAAGAUGUCUUGGACCUAGUUUAUUUAGAAAUGUAUUUUUUAAUGUGAAGACUCCAUGCAUAUGUUAUUUUUGAUAGAUUUCUAACUUAAUUGCAUUAUACACUAAAUGCAUGGUCUUCAUGAUACAGAUUCUGUAUGACAGAUUCAAACAGAAAAUUGUUGGAGACUUUCUGUGUGGGCUAAUGUGUCAGAUACAAUGAGUUGCUAUCCCCAGAUCUAUUCCACCCUUCUUUUCCUAAAGUAACAAACUAUAUAAUUGUAUUCAAGUUGGCAGUGUGGACAGUUUUUUAAGGACUCAUCUCCCAACUUCUUUGCCACUUUGCCCAUAAGCCCAUAGUACUGGCCUGUGAGAAAUAGAGGUCACUGCUUGUGGGUUCUAGAAAAGCUCAUGGAAAUGGGAAUGUCUCAUCUGGAAUUUUCUCUCUACCAUUUGCCCUCUAUUCUAUUUCUUCUUCUUUCCUAGAAGAUAGACCAAGAGGAUGACAGUCAGAGGCUACUGAUGAUAUGUCAGGGAUAUAUACAGUAUUAUUUGUCUGUACUAACCCUGGAUUGCCUAUUUCUGGACUUCCUGUAACACAAGAAAAAAUAAAUUCCUAACUGGUUUAAACCACUCUGGAGGGAAGAUUCUGUUAAAACGGAUUUCAGUUAACUAAUAAAUUUCAAUUUUUCUUAAGGUAUAUUUCAUUUUGAGAGAGAGAGAGAGUGCGAGCAGGGAGGGGAAGAGAGAGAGGGAGACACAUCAUCUGAAGCAGGUUCCAGGCUAUGAGGUGUCAGCACAGAGCCCAAUGUGGGGCUUGAACCCACGAGAUCAUGACCUGAGCCAAAGUUGGACACUUAACCGACUGAGCCACCCAGGUGCCCCUAACUAAUACAUUUCAUGUGUAGUCAAGUUUUAUGAAUCCUUUAAGUGUGGUUGGAAACACCACCUCUUCUGUAAUUAUUUGGUAUAAUUGACUGUCAGUGCAUCUGUUGGAUGAAUCUUACUGUGUUUUUAAAAUUUGUGUCAUUACAAACCUUCUUUGUCCUUUAUUGAGAGAGGUAUGUUAAAAUGCGUCACUAUCACUGUGGAUAGUAAGGUUGUUGUUUUUUUUAACUCUGUCUCUUUUAUUUUGAGGCACUAUAACUAGAUGCAUACAAAUGUUGUCAUCCUAUAUUUCUGGUAAAUUGCCCUUUUGUUCUUCUAUAGGGCCCAUCUGUCUUCCCUAAUAAUAAAUGUUAUGAUUCGCUGGUAUAAAUGCUAACUGUAGACCUAGUCGGUAACAUUUUCUCCCUACCAACUUGUAAGGACAACCAGAAACAACUUACCUCUCCUCCAUAUUAUGUGGUGGUGUUCCUUGCAACCCCAAGGUGGGGGGUGGGGGAGUCUCCUCAUCCACUACAUUCCCCCGUGGGGGACAAAGAGAUCAGGAGAUCCUCAGCAGCCUUCUCUGCCAAAGACAGCAGUGGCCCUCACAUAUGUCCCUGUUGUUCUUGCUUCGCUUCUGUCAUGAUGUGUACCCCUGCCUACCUGGUGGACUAUGAGGGAUCUUACCGAUUUUAUCCAUGAGGUUUCCUAAGAAACCUCAGGAGGUUUCUCAACUCAAACCGGUUUGUAAAUCUCCUGGUCAGUGUGCGUGGGCUCCCUUGAGUGCCACUGCCUAUCAAUAUGUAAGAGCAUCUUCUUGAAAGUCAAACUAUUAUAAAAUUGGGAAUUCCCUGUGUUGCUGUCUUGGAGAUAGACUCCAGUCCCUCUGAGGUUGAAACGGACCAUCUAGAAAAGGAGACCACUGCUCAUAGCAAAGGGCCACUCAGGACCAUCGAGAGUUUAUAGGUAAAUACCUAAAGAAAAAAAAAAAAAAGGAGGGGCACCUGGGUGGCUCAGUCGGUUAAGCGCCGACUCAGCUCAGGUCAUGAUCUUGCGGUUCAUGAGUUCAAGUCCCACAUCAGGCUCUGUGCUGACAGCUCAGAGCCUGGAGCCUGCUUCAGAUUCUGGGUCUCCCUCUCUCUGUCCCUCGCCCACUCAAACUCUGUCUCUCAAAAAUAAAUAAACAUUAAAAAUUUUUUUAAAAAUGGGGAAAAAGAGUCCAAAAGGAAAAAAAAAAAACUAGGCAGGGGUUUUAUGUGGCUACGAGCAAUCCCUCCCUUUCCGAGGAAGGCAACUUUAAAUUUUAUGUACUAAAUAACUGUCAGGUCUAGCAAACAUGUUAGUCUUCAACUGCUUACGGAUUUAAAAACAGUAAUGGGCGCCUGGGUGGCCCAUUUGGUUAAGUGUCCGACUUCAGCUCAGGUCAUGGUCUCAAGGUAUGUGGGUUCAAGCCACAUCAGGCUCAGCCUGAUUCAGACCUUUUAUCUCCUGUGGGUGGUUGUAUAGGUCUGUUUUAAAAUUUAUCAUUGUAUCCUGACCUUUUCUUGGCGGGCAUGAUGUAUCCUUGCCCUGAUGGCUAGACCAGUCUAGUUGCUGUGCCUUCCAGGUUGCAUCCUGUCCCAAAGCGGACCUACACAAUUCACUCUUUGUCUUCUACUACCUGAAUGCUCUUACUUGACUGGCAUGAUCGGACAUUGCUAACACAGGGACUACAUCAUCAUUGAAAAUGCUCAUGGAGUCCAUCUACACUGGAGUCCCCUACCUACUGGCCAGGGUAGGGGAUGUAAACCGUGUCUGUCAGUUUUGGAAGGAUGACCUGUGUCCCUCUCUCACCUGAUCCUAUCCCAUGAAAUCUCAGGAUGAAGCAUAGGAUGAGUGGCGAAAAGGUGAGCUUACACCUAGUGAUGUGAGACACCAUGAACACAUGCCCUGGGAACACUGCCCUACCAACUGGGGAGGCCCAUACACUCUUCUAUUCAAGCUGUGCAGCAGGAGGGUGAGAAUAAUGAAUGUGCUCUUCCGCCCCUUUAUCCAGUACCACAAUCUGGCAAAGCAACCAUAUCAUCUGUGUAGCUCAAGCAACAGGUGUCGCAGCAGGGGUCUGACUGUUUGUCAUUCUAUCCGUGUGCUGUGAAAACAGAAAAAUGGUGUGAAUAUAGCUGGUCUUGACAAUCUCCUGUGCUUGAUGCCAUCCCUGACAGUUCCUAAGUGUGAACGUUGGGUGUGGAAAGGGACAGACACAAAUUCGUUUCAGCCUUAGUGAUACAAAUUCAUACAACUCUGAUGCCCCAGCAACACUGGGUUACAUCAUGGGUGGCCAUCAGGGCUGCAGCUGCUUGGUGACACUUUUCUUGAGGCUUAAUCAGACCAUUGUAAUGAUCAUCCAAAUCAAGCUUCACAGUCAAUCCUGAAUGGGAAUUACCUGUGUACCUUUCUCUCUUGCCCUCCAUCACUUUUAUACCUGGGAAGAAGGCAAGUCCGUCAACACUCUUUCCCUAGGCAAUUUGUUAAAUGUACCUUUGCAGUGAAGAAACUUGAACGCUGAGAUCAUCUCUCCCAUUGAGACAAAGAGCAGGCUUGCUUCCUGCUUCAAAUAAGCUAGAUUCUACAAGCUCAGUAUUCCUUUCCUUUAGCAACCAGGGUGUACGGACACAUCCAUGUAGGCCCUCUGUAACCCUAGACAGACGUGGGGACAAAGGGAGCCAAUUCAGACAUGCUGAUGCUUGUGCUGCUGGCUAGACCAUGAUUGAGUUACGGCCUUUGUCUCUGACGUCAAUGUCUCAGCUUCUCUGCCAACAUCAAUGAGAUAGUGACAGGCUAACUUAAGACCUUGGAAGAAAGGAAUAAUCAAAUCACACGCUCAAGAAUUUUGGCAAUGGGAAUGACAUGUUAAUAUAGUCCUGGCUUUUCAGGGAGGGAGAACAAUGGUGUCCAGGCUGUGCGUGGACAUGAGUGUCUGCAAUGCAGUCAUGAAAUUUCUGCCUCGAGAGGUUUCCUCAUGAUAUGGGUGACAAGAGGGACUUGGAGCCAUACACUCCUACCUAUUCACGGAAGUUGUUUAAGUGCUAUAGAGCAGUUACAUCAGCUUGCUUCUCCUCAACUUGUUAAUCUUCCUCUAGCCUUUUAUUAGUCUCCUUUUAUGCAUACUAUAUGUAGAGUUCUGUUUUAAAUCACACUUUAAAUCCUUUUUUUCAUUUGGAACAUUAGUCCAUAAUAUCAUGUAGUUACUAGUAAAUAAAGGACUUAGGUCUAGCAUCUCAUUUUUUUUCAGUAUUUAUCUCCCCCUAAUUUUAAAACCAGAUGGGGCGCCUGGGUGGCUCGGUCGGUUAGGCAUCCGACUUCGGCUCAGGUCAUGAUCUCACGGUCCGGGAGUUCGAGCCCCGUGUCGGGCUCUGUGCUGACAGCUCGGAGACUGGAGCCUGUUUCAGAUUCUGUGUCUCCCUCUCUCUGACCUUCCCCUGUUCAUGCUCUGUCUCUCUCUGUCUCAAAAAUAAAUAAAUGUUAAAAAAAAAAAUUUUUUUUUUAAAUUAAAUAAAACCAGUGUAUUGCCCCUAUUCCAUCAACCUUGUAUUUAGGCCUUUAUUUCCCCUUCUUUCAUUUUAUUUAACAUUGGACACAAUGGUCAACUCUAAUCAUGGAUUCCUUGUGCUUUCAAUGUAAUGACAUUUUAUAAACCUUUCAUAUUUUUGUUCACAUACCUAUUUUUGUAUUUGUUUUGUGAAAAAGUACUGACACUGAGCAUUCUUCCCUUAUUCAGGAAUGGUUCUAAAGUUACUCCAUUAAUCAUGUUUGCAUUGAUUUUGAGUAGACUGUCUUUGUAGAGUUAAUAAAAAUCUUCUAAAACACUGA